CAAUAGUUUUGGAGCAACGGUUGAAUGACCGUGUUGAUGAUAUGAUAAAGACAGGACUAGUUGAUGAACUGCUAGAAUUCCAUAAGUGCUAUAAUGAGAAACGUUUAGCAAGUGAAAAACCCUCAUAUACUGAAGGCAUAUUUCAGUCAAUAGGAUUUAAAGAAUUCCAUGAAUAUUUAAUUCUUCCUGAAGAAAAAAGAAAUGAAGCCAGUGGUAAAAAAGCUUUGGGCAAAGCAAUAGAAGAUAUGAAGUUAGUUACAAGACAGUAUGCCAGGAAGCAGAUGAAGUGGAUUGUAAAUAGGUUCCUACGAAAACCUGAUAGACAGGUACCUCCUGUAUAUGGGCUUGAUGCUACAAACCUUGAUUUAUGGAAAGAAAAUGUAUUAGACCCAGCUGCUGAAAUCAUCCAAGCUGUAAAAAAGAAUCGGAUACCUUCCCAGAAACCUUUGCCUUUACAAGAAAGCCUACAAGAUGUGCCAGAAACUCAUUACUGUGAAGUUUGUGAUCGAAUUUUUGUAGGAAGGAGAACUUGGGAAAUUCACAUAAAUUCAAAGAAACACAGCAAAAUAAAAGCAAGUCUGAAGAAGGCAGAUAAAAAAGCUAAGGAACAGGUAAUCAUGCUUUAGCCUGUUCCUUAAAUAAUUUGUACAUAAUGUUAAUAAAUAUAUUUUAUCAUAAUAUAA